GCCCGCCCCGCCCCUUCCGCCCCUGUCUCCGAGCAACGGCCCCACGCCUCCGCCAUGCCUGGAGCCGCUAGCCCGAGCCCGGCCGCCCUCCCGCCCAGCAGCCUCCACAGCCUCUGCGCCUGGCUGGACAGUCUCCCGCUCAGCCGCCCCAAGCGCCACCUGGCCAGGGACUUCAGCGAUGGCGUGCUGGUGGCUGAGAUUGUGAAGCACUUCUGUCCCCGCCUUGUGGACCUGCACAAUUACGUCCCAGCCUGCAGCACAGACCAGAAGCUGAGCAAUUGGAGCCUUCUCAACAGGAAGGUCUUCCACAAGCUUCACCUGUGUAUCUCAGAGGCAGACAUUCACAAGGUGGUGGCCAACACACCUGGAGCUAUUGAGCCUAUUCUGUGUGCACUGAGGGCGAAGGUGGAUGCUGGCACUGUUCAUGAUCCAGGACUUUCCACUGUGGAUGCGGUUCAGCCUUGGUCAGCGUUCGCCACACACACAUACACGGACCUACAGAACCCCCCAGCAAUGUCAAGUAUGAAGACCUUCCAGAACCAGACAGCUUUGGAGAGGACGGACUGCUGCACUGGUGGAGGCUGGGACCCAGCAGAAGGGCCCUGGGAACAUCUGGCCAGGAUCCAGCAGCAGCUGGAGGACAAGGAGCAGGCAUUGGCCAUUCUUCAGGAGACAGUCAAGAUUUUGCAGAUGAAGGUGGUGAGGCUGGAGCACCUGGUACAACUGAAGGACCUCCGGAUCGGGGAGCUGAUGAGACUUGUGCCCGAGGAGCGCCAGGACCGUGGGACCGUUCGUCCCAAGUCAGCCAGGUCCUGAAACCUGGAGCCCAGCGAGAGCCUCCUGCUGCUCAGAGAGGUGUCGGUGUACAGGGACAAAUGCAGAGGCCACGGGGCCCUGGGCUGCCGGUGCCACCAGAGACAGGUUUGGACACAGACCCUGGUUUCCUCCACCCCCAGUGUCUCAUCAUGGCUGUGUUUGAGAACUCAUGACGCCCUGGUGUGUGUGGUGUCUGCAGUUGCACUCCAGGAUGGGAGGAGACACUUGUGACCCUCGUGACAGCAACCCUGCAGCCUGAAGGAGCUUGUGCUCUGUGUGGCUGUGCCCCUGGGGUUGGAGGGAGGAUGUGAGGUGGAAGAGAGACAGAAAGCAGAUGCCCCGCCUCACUGUCCUUCAAGGUGGGCUCAUCAUCCUUUGACUCAGGUUUGGGGGACCAGGUGGAGCCAGGCCUGGCCCAGCUGCCCUCUGCAAGCCUCACAUCUUGGCUCUGAGACCUGGAUGCAACCUUCUCACCUCCUGAUGCUCCCUCAAGGGUCCUGAGCAUUGGCAGUGGCCAAGAUAGCACUGAGCUUAGGGGAAUCAGGGCAAGGCUACAUUCUGCUGGCCUCUGCCUAGCCACCUUGUCCUGCAUCCUCAGUGGGGGCAGGGAAACAGACCACAUCCCCCAGCCUGGUCACAGCUGCUCUUCCCUGGGGACAGCCUCCCUAGGGGAAGCCUCCGAGGUGAAUCUGCCACCCCAGCCCCACCCCACCCGAGUCACUGCUGAGGGUCAGCCUGGAAUGUGACUUCCUGGUGGACCAUCUAGCUCUGGUCACCUAUAGUCAGCCACCUGGGGCAGCCUGGUGCUCAGAGCCUGCAGCAGAGCUGGAGCUGGAGCCAGGGGUGUCUGCAGGAGAAGCAGUCCCAGCCAAAGGGGCUAGGG